AUGGCCGGCAUGAACACCCCCGGGACUCCAGGCAUCGGCGUGGAGCCGCUUAACACGCCCAGACUGCAGAGGAACCCCACGGGCUAUUUCCGCGUGCCGCUUGCGACGCAUCGCCUUGCCAACAAGAUCGCCUUCAUCACGGGGGGAGGCGGCAAGAUUGGCGUCGAGACUGCUGCGCGGCUCAUCCGCGAGGGCGCAAACGUCACGCUCAUGGACAUCAGCUUCGAGGCGCUGGAACAGGCACUCGUCUCGCUCAAAGAUGCAAUCUACACGGGCGAGAUUGCCACAUCGCGGAUCCUGACCGUCGUCGGCGACGCAUCGAAAGAGGAGGACGUGGUCGCCGCCGUCGAGCGGACGCUGAAGAUGUUCAAGAGGAUAGACAUUGCCUUCUUGAACGCCGGCGUGAGUUACCCGGCGACGCCGUUGCUGGAGACGGCCGAGGACCGGUACGACGAGGUCAUGGGCAUCAAUGUCAAGUCGGCUUUCCUCGGCCUCAAGCACGUGGGCAAGGCGAUGAAGGUCCUUGGAAACGGAGGCUCCAUCAUCUUGACCUCGUCGAUUGCCGGUCUGCGGGGCACGCCAGGACUCAGCGUGUACUCAGCAUCCAAAUUCGCGCUGCGGGGCCUCGCACUCACGGCCGCGAACGAGCUGGGUCCAGACGGCAUCAGAGUCAACACCAUCCACCCCAGCGGCGUCGACUCGCCCAUGUUCCGGGAGGCCUGGAGCGAGGAGAAGCUGGAGGAGUUGAAGGCCGGUAUGCCCUUGGGCCGCUUCGCACAGACGCACGACGUCUCCAGCGUAGUCGCCUUCCUGGGCCACGAGGAUUCCAAGUUCAUCACGGGCAGUUUCCUGAAGAUUGAUGGCGGGUGUAUCAGUUUCUAG